AUAACAGUGAUUUCACAGUAAUUGUAAGUGAGCCAAGUGAAACAAAGAUAUCCCCCCUGCUUUUACUAUUGCAGGUCUUAUGCACUUCCGGGGUAGAGUUCAGAAAAUAUUGAUGGCGGCCACAUGCCUGUCGGAGCAGUGGCAUUACAGUAGUGAAACAAAUUAUUCUAAUACAUCGUCAGCUACACAAAAACCCACAUAAUGAAGGACACACCUUUGUCCAACUGUGAGCGGGAUUUCUUACUUAAAGCCAUCGAGGAGAAAAAGCGCCUGGACGGACGGCAGACAUAUGACUACAGGAAGAUAAAGAUAACAUUUGGCACUGACUAUGGAUGCUGCUUUGUGGAUCUGGGGAAAACCAGGGUCAUGGCUCAGGUGUCCUGUGAGCUGGUGGCUCCUAAAGAGAAUCGACCUAAUGAGGGAAUCAUGUUCUUCAACAUCGAGCUGUCACCCAUGGCCUCACCGGCAUUCGAACAGGGCAGACAGUCUGAGUUGUCAGUGAAGCUGAACAGACAGCUGGAGAGAUGCUUGAGGAACUCCAAGUGCAUUGAUACAGAGUCCCUGUGUGUGGUGUCUGGAGAAAAGGUGUGGCAGAUCAGAGUGGAUGUUCACAUGUUGAAUCAUGAUGGGAACCUGAUGGAUGCUGCCAGCAUUGCCGCUAUCACCGCUCUGUGCCACUUCAGACGCCCUGAUGUCGGCAUCCAGGGAGAUGAAGUCACAGUGUACAGUCCUGAGGAGAGAGACCCUAUUCCUCUCAGUAUCUACCACAUGCCCAUCAGUGUCAGCUUCUCCUUCUUCCAGCAAGGAACUUAUCUGCUGGUGGACCCCUGUGAGCGGGAGGAGCGGGUGAUGGAUGGCUUGCUGAUGAUCGCCAUGAACAAACACAGAGAAAUCUGCUCCAUCCAGUCCAGCGGGGGCAUCAUGCUGCUCAAGGACCAGGUUAUGAGAUGCAGUAAAAUCGCCAGCGUCAAAGUGUCUGAAAUCACAGAACUCAUCAGCAAAGCCCUGGACAAUGACAAGAAAGCCAGGAAGGCAGGUGGUAGGUGUGGCUUUGCAGAGUCUAUUCCUCAGGAGCGAAUCACAGCUCUGAAAAUGGACGAAACUCCAGUUGAGAUGAUGGAUGUGACAGAUAGAGCCAAUGACAUCGUCCAGAAAGCUGAGGCCCCACCUCAGACGGUCCCAUCCCCAGUGGUGCCCGCCCCAGGUGUGGGUCAGGUGGGACAGGGGCUGCAGAACACUUGGGGCCUGGAGGAGCAGGAGGAAAGUGACAACAGUGGUGAAGAACAGGAGGAAAUAAAGACACAGAUGAAAGAGAAAAAGGAUGAGAACAGAGGGGGAGAUGUGGUGGAAAUAUCUGACAGCGAAGAGGAGGAAGUGGUCAUUCUUCAUCCUGAGGCCCCAGACAAACUUCCUAAAAAUACAGGAUCCGGUUCACACCAGAAGGGGGCAGCAACAACCAAGAAAAGACAGAAAAAAUGAAUGAGGGAGUCUUUUGUGGUGUCUGCAGCCAGAGAUCUGUUUACGUACAGCAGUGCCAGACACUGCAGCACUAACUCAUGAUAAAGACUGUCCUGAUUUAAAAUGAUUCCCAUCUGUGAUAGUAGAGAAUCUGACUAAAAUAGAUAUUACAGUACAGAAAUAUUUGAAAGUGCUGGAUUCUUAACAUGAGACCAUGAUGUUUACUCCUUUUGGUUGCUGUUUCAUUGGUUUAAAAGCAGAUUUUGCUAGAGAAUAUGAUUUGUUACAUAAUGUAUUUUACCAUUGAAAGGAUGUAAAUUGUAA